CUUGACAAGGUGAAAAUCUGCGGCUGGUUUGAAUUUUUUUCCUUCAGAGGGAAAAUUUGAAGAAACACAGUGAGUUAGAUGAGACGAGUUGAACACUGAUGGUUUAGUUAGACUCAUAGUGUUAGUCAGUGUUGGACUGAUGGAAGCAGCGUCUGUCAGCAGCAGAAAAAGGCCCUGUGGUGGAGCUGUCCCCCAGCUGCACCAGGAGGCUCAGUGUCAGCCUCCAGCCUAUAAGAGGAGGCGCAGAGAGGAGGAGGGGGAAAGGAGGAGGAGGAGGAGAACAGGAGGGGGCUGGAAGGAGAACAGAGAACCAGGGGAAGAGCUGCAGAGGAAUGCCAGAACACAGAACCUGAGGAGAGAACACAGACAAUUUCCACAGACUGGAACCAGAACCAGGGCCGAAGUCAGGACUGGAUCAUCUGAGCAUAGAGAUGGAUCUGGAUUUAGGUCUGGAGGUGAUAUCCAGUCCAGCAGACCUGAGGUCAGAGUUGCCCUUAUCAGGAAGACCAAGACCAAGACCCAGACCUCAAUCCAGAAUGUGAAGCUCAGAGGGUCUGAGCUGGUUCAGGGUUUAAUCCUCCCAGACCAGACCAAUCCAGGAUACACAGACACCCAGCUGGACCGAAGAAGACCAACACUUGACCGACAGACCAGGACUACAAAGGACACAUCUGAGAUCAGGUCCAGGUCUGCAGCAGACCAACAGAAGACCUCAGCUCUGGUCUCAGAUCAGUCCUCAGAGACCAGGACCAGCAGCAGGAGGAAGUCUGAGACAAUCCUGAUUCCAGAGUCGCCGACAGUAAAGGGAGGGGCACACAGAAUCAGGUCUGGGUCUUUGGGGAGGAGAACUGAGACCAGGACCAGGAGGAAGAGGAAGAUCCACCCAUCUUUGUUCAGAGGGAGAGGUCAGUUGCGCAUGUCAAUCACUCCAGAGGCGGGACAGCUCAUCAUUAACAUCCACGAGGCCAGAGGGCUGAUGGGAAAAUGCCAGAGGUCAUGUAACUCAUAUGUGAAGCUGGCAGUGACCUCUGACCUCAACCACAGCAUCAGGAUGAAGACUCGAACUGUUCUGAACAACAAGAACCCAAAAUACAACCACAACUUUAUACUAUAUGCCAGUGAUGACCUCGUCCUUGACAGGUUGUUGGUGUCAGUGCUCAGAAGACGGGCUGACAGUAGGUCCAGUCAGCUGAUCGGCUGUAUGAGCUUUGGGAUUGGUGCUCUCGUCCUGUCCUCUAAGCUUGUCACUGGUUGGUUCUACCUGCUGGGGGAGGAGUUUGGAUGGUGCAAACACCUGAGGGUGACAUCACAGCGUAGCAGACCAAUGAGGAAGUCAGAGGAGGAGGGAGCAGAGAAAGCACUAACGCACUGUGCGGACCUCAGGAGGACUCCGGACUCCGUUCCAGAUACCGACCUGAACCGUAUCACCACCGCCGCCGCCACAACCAGCCUGUCAAAUUGCACCACCUCCACCGCUGGACUCAAAGACCUGACAAACCACAGCCGGACCUCCAGUCGCCCCCGCAGCCACAACCCCACUAACUUCAACUACGGCUCCGGUCCAACCAAUGCCAAUUACAGUAGCUACGUCUCCAAGCUCUACACUAAUGCCAACCAGUGCCUCGCAAGCCGAGACAGCAGCAGCACCCAGCGACUGACGGUGAGCAUUGUUCGAGGAACAGAUGGUUUUGGAUUUACGAUCUGCUCUGAAUGUCCAGUCAGAGUCCAGGCUGUCGACCCCGGAGGUCCGGCCCAUCAGUCUGGACUCCGUCAGGGAGACUCUGUCCUGCAGCUAAAUGGACUUCCUGUAGAAACCUGGAAGUGUGUCGACCUCGCCCAUGCCAUCAGGAGUUGUCCAUCUCAGAUCGUGUUGGUGGUGUGGAGAGGUUUACCUGAGCUCAGGUCAGGAUGUGAAGCUUCGCUCUGCUCACCAACACACAACACGACAACAGGCAGGAAGUUGCUUCCUCACCCCGCUCACAGUAAACAUGGCCGCACACGGGGUCAGGGGUCGGGGGUCCGGUCCAGUUUGGCUGCUCUGGGUUCUCUGUGGAGGGACAGGAAAGAGGACCAGGAGGAGGACAAGGAGGAGGAGGAGGAAGCACAGGAGGUGACUGAGUACUCCCCCUGCACCACCACAUUAAAGGGCACCCGUGUGACAUCAUCAAACGGAGACAAUUACAUCAUCCUGUCACCUGUCAAUCCCGGAGGACAGCACCUGCAGCCAGUUUAUCACGACAGGAACGGGACGAUCGGUCGUCUGUACCAGACUCAUCCCAGCAGAGGUCAGAACCUCCUCCAUGACCCUCGUCCCGGGUCGUCACGACAACCGUUCACCAGCCGCACCUCCACCCUGCCUGCGCCCCUCUCCUCCAUCUCCACAUCCCCCUCCUCCUCCUCUUCAGCAGCGCCCAGUAACUAUGGCAACUACCAGAACUGCACCAUCGUCCAGUCACAUCUGCCCUGCUCUCCCUACGGAACCUACCUCACACUGUCACCCAAAACCCUCAUCUUCCCCAUCUUUGUCCAGCCUCUGGAUCUGUGCAGCCCAGACAGAACCCUGCUGAUGUCAGAGGAAAUGGUUCUACACCAAGCCGACCUGCUGCCUGCAAAGGUGACAGUUUUGAUCUACAGUGACCUGCUGCUGCUGACCAGAGAGGAUGAAGCUGGACGCUGUAAUGUCUUACAGAGCCCACUCUACCUGAACACAGUGCAGCUGAGAGAGGUGUCGUCGGAGCCGCUCCACAUCUACUUCGUGCAGACCUCUCAGACGUGUUGCCGUUUUGUCUUCAGUCUGGAGUCUUUCAGCAUGGAGCAGAAGGUCAGAGUCCGUCUCUGUCUCCAUGACAACAUCCACCAGCUGGUUGCCACGGAGACCGCACACAGCAACCAGCUCUCAGACCUCCCCUCAGACUUUGGCCUUCUCUCUCUUGGUCAGUCUGACCUCCUCUAUCGUCCCUCCUCUCCUUACUCCUCCCCUGAUCCUCCCCUUGUCCGCUCCUCCUCCCCCUACUCCUCCCUCUGUGAGGCCCUCAGACCUCCCUCCCCCUCUCCUUACUCCCUCAGCUCUCCCUUCUCCUCCUUCACUCCUCCUUCCCCCGCCCCCUUCUCUUCACUUUCUCCAUAUGCCUCCUCUUCCUCCUCACCUCCUUCCAGGGCCAUUACUGCUCUACCUCAUCUCCUCCCCCCACCUCCGCCAUCCUCCUCUUCCACCCAGAGGAGUCCGAUCUGGAAAGAGAGAGGGAGAACAGAGGAUGAGGAGAGGAGGAAGAGGAGGGAGGAGGGGGAGGAGGUGGAGGAGCGGCAGCAGGGGGAGGGGGAGAGUGCCUCAGAAACAUCAGAGAAUGUGGGAGGUGUGGGGGGGCGGGGCAUCCUGCUGAGUCCCCACCACUUCAACACGAAGGAGGAAGAAGAGGAGGAGAGUGGUGAAGGUGAAGAGGAAGAGGAGAGAGGAGGUGCCGAGGAGUUCACCUCCGCCUACAGACCUGCAGUUCUGCGUCGCUCGCUCUCCGAGGGUUCUCUGCUGCAGGAACCUCGAUCGCCCCGCUUCCUGUCCGACAGCACCAUCCACCGACUCACCCGCCCCAUGACCUUUGACCUAGGCCCUGGCUCGAGCCCCACCCUGCAACCCCUUUCCCCCCACACUCUGAGGAAACAGCUGACUAGAGAGGGGGGGUCUCUGCAGCACAUGCUGCUGCUGCUUAACGGCACCAAGGACUCGGAGCUCAGAAACCUUCAGCUGAGGAAGAAGACCAAGAGUCUGGCUGCUGAUGUCCGGAGUCGCCUGGCGUUUUUACGGCGACGGAAAAACAGUAGCUGUUUCCACGGUAACAGUUUGGAGAAAGCUCUGAGAAACAACAGACCAUCUCCACAGGAGGUGCUGAGGUGGGCGGAGAGUCUGGAGGCUCUGCUGACCAAUCAGUACGGUCUGACGGUGUUCCGUCACUUCCUGAGGUCAGAGUUCAGCGAGGAGAACCUGGACUUCUGGUUGGCUGUAGAGAGAUUCAAGAGGAUACGCCCCCUUAGCAAGAUGGCUGCCAGAGCUGCGAAAAUCUACGACGAGUUUAUUUCUACCAAUGCAGCGAGACAGGUCAACGUGGACUCAUCUGUAAGAGAACUGACAAAUCAGAGCCUGCGUCUCGGUGUUAACCCCGCCUCCUUCCAACUGGCCCAGGAUCAGAUUUUUGGCCUAAUGGAAACCGACAGUUACCCACGAUUCCUCAGAUCCCGCCUCUACACCCAGCUGGCCAAUCAGGGCACACAGACAACCACCGUGUUGGCCAGUCAGAGCGGAGCUGGGUCUGUGCCUGUCAGCCAAUCAUGAGUGAAGAGGAGGGGGAUGCGGGCUCAAGUGGAGAUACUGAAGCUCAGCCAAUUGGAAGCUCUGAUCAGAUCCUGGCCUCCGAUUGACUGGCCGUCCGGCUUCUGUCAUCUAUUCAGAUUUAAAAAGGCCCAAUAAAAGACACUGUCUAUCCAGGUUUAAUCCUGGUUUUAAUCAAUCUCUCACAACAACUUCUACUUCAUAUUUUUUAAUAUACUUAUUGAAUCACUUUAGUGUUAUUUAAAUAAUCAAUUUAUAAAAACUCAUGUUUAUCCCACUGAGUGAAAUGUUUGUUUGUAUUUUACUGAAGCUAAGUUCAAAACUCUGUCAGAUUUCAGGCUGAUCUCAAUCAGAUUUUAACUUAUCAUUUAUUUCAACAUGAGAAGCUUGAUGUGAACGUAAAUAACACCAAGACAUCUUCUGUUACAGAUCUUUGUUCUUUGAAAAUGUCUGAAGUGGUUUAGAAGUUAUCUUUUUAGUCGGUUUGUCACUUUGGUCAAGACUGAAAUAUCUCAACAUCUACUCGGUGGACUGGAAAAAAAUCAAACAGUCAUGUUACCAGUCGAUGAAUUCCACUGACUUUGAUGAUCCUUUCACUUUCCUUCUAGCGCCAUCAUCAGGUCACAUUUUUAUUUUUCCAAUACUUUGCUUCACAACCAGAUACCUGCAGAAUUAAUGAUACUCCCAUCAGCCUCAAUUGUACGCUGUGUUUACUGCUAAUGAGCUAAUGUUAGCAUGCUAUCUAGCUAAACUAAGAUGGUGAACAUGGUAAACAU